GUUAUCAUAGCCCUUUUGUAAGGGGUAGCGUCAAGAACAUCUCGCGAUAGUCAUUUCACAUUAACUUGUCUUAAAACAAAGUCAUUGCUCAUUUCUCUUGAUAUUUUUGUAUGGAUAUCUAACGAUCAAUAGCAGAAAUGCAAACACCACCGUCUGAGUUACUGUAACGAGUACUAGCUAUUUCUUAUGCGGUGUAGAUUGUUUGGGCGUUACUCGACGGGAGUUGGCGUAAGCUUUAGCAGCUAGCUUGUGCAUGCUACAGCCGUUAGCUUGGCUGCUAGCCGCCAGUAGAGAAAGUUGGAUUAUAUUACUUUACCAGUGGAUUUCCAGACGGGGUUUACAAUAGGUUCUCAGCAUCAUACCGGAGACCAGAUCCAGGCUUUGCACAAAAUGCUAGCUACAGGAGCUGCUGUGACUACGGCUCUGGCCCAGGUGGACAGAGAGAAAAUCUACCAGUGGAUCAAUGAACUGUCCAGCCCGGAGACCCGAGAGAAUGCUCUGCUGGAGCUCAGCAAGAAGCGGGAGUCGGUGCCCGACCUGGCGCCCAUGCUCUGGCACUCCUGUGGCACUAUUGCGGCUCUUCUGCAGGAAAUCGUAAACAUCUAUCCAUCGAUUAACCCGCCUACGCUCACGGCCCACCAAUCCAACAGGGUGUGCAAUGCCCUGGCACUUUUGCAGUGUGUUGCUUCCCACCCAGAGACAAGGUCCGCCUUUCUCGCCGCCCACAUCCCCCUUUUCCUGUACCCCUUCCUGCACACCGUGAGCAAAACGCGGCCCUUCGAGUACCUGAGACUCACCAGCCUCGGAGUCAUUGGGGCCUUGGUCAAAACGGAUGAACAGGAAGUGAUUAACUUCCUCCUCACCACUGAAAUAAUCCCACUUUGUCUGCGCAUCAUGGAGUCUGGCAGUGAACUGUCCAAAACGGUCGCCACGUUCAUCCUGCAGAAGAUCCUAUUGGAUGACACUGGAUUGGCAUACAUAUGCCAGACUUACGAGCGCUUCUCUCAUGUGGCCAUGAUCCUUGGGAAGAUGGUUCUGCAGCUCUCCAAAGAGCCGUCCGCACGCCUGCUGAAACACGUCGUCCGCUGCUACCUCCGCCUCUCUGAUAACCUCAGAGCCAGAGAAGCCCUGCGACAGUGUCUGCCCGAUCAGCUGAAGGACAACACGUUUGCCCAGGUUCUGAAGGACGACACCACCACCAAGCGAUGGCUGGCCCAGCUGGUGAAGAACCUGCAGGAGGGCCAGGUCACCGACGCCCGGGGAAUCCCGCUCUCCGCUCAGUGAUGGGGACUUAAAGUGUGACACACACACACACACACACACACACACACACACACACACACACACACACACACACACACACACACACACACACACACACACACACACACACACACACACACACACACACACACACACACACACACACACGAGCACAGGCUUGUGUCCGGCGGGAUCGUGAGCACAGAGACACUUAAAGAAGAAUCCGGAGUUGAGUCCAGUGUGGGAACGCGUGACUAGAAGCUGUGUUUGCCACAAUAAUGUCACGACAUACAUGUGGAAUAAGCAUCGGAGUGGAGCACUUAAAUGCUCAUGGGGCAUUUAACAAACAAAAAAACGUAUCAGAGCAAAAAUGAAUGCUGGCAUCAAUAGUCUUUCAAAUGUCUUCGCAGAAAUGCCAAAAGGUUGUGUGCACAGUUUGGUCUUUGAAAAAGGUGCUGUACAGAAUGAAAAGCAGGUAUUUGUGCAUACGGAGAGUUAGUUUUCCAUCAUAAUGUGCCAGAAUUCUUUGUUAAGAUGAAUCCAGGGGGAAUAAUUUGUAAUGGCCUUUUGUUCCCUUCCUUUGGUACACGCCUUUUUCCUGCUGUAACAUUCCUGCGACUGAGCAAUAACUGUAAUUUGUUGCCUCUCUUCGUGUUUAUUACUUUUCUUUACUUUUGAACGAUUUGUUUGCCAGACUAGUGUAUAAUACAGCUUGAGAUGAAUGGAAAAUGGAUUUUUAUUUUAAUGUAAAAGUUGUUAUGAGGGAGUAGUGUAAGAUUUCACUAAAGUUUGAUUUGCAGACAGAAAUCUUUAUGAAACUGUCACGGAGCCUUUAUUUUUUGUUUGUAAGAAAGAUGGCCCAAUUUCUAAAGCUGUUACGUUGGAACAUAUAGUUGGGACAUUUUGCAUAACAUUAAUGCAAAUCAACCAUAUUCAAAUUUUAAAGAACACAAGAUGAAGGACAAUAAAUAUUAGAAGCAUUGGUUUAAAAUAUCUGAUUUUAAUAAAUCAUUGAUCCAAAUCCGUAUAACUCAUGCUGCUAUGAGUCAGUUUCUUCAGAGUUACAAGCAUCAUGCUCUGUAUACCAUCAGGCACCCGCUACUCAUUACAGGUUCACGUGGAUAUCAAAACAAUGCUAGGAAACUGUUAUUUCUGUAGUUCUGCAAAGGGAGUUCGAUCAUAAAGUUUCCCCAUUGCAUCCUGUCCGAAACAUAUGAUUUUUUGGGGUGGAGUGGUGCUCCAUCACAGAAGACCUCACUCUGGGCCCACCUAGGUCCCUUGAGGACACCGACCAACAUCCUAGUAGCAGCCCUGAUUGCUUUGCGUUGCCUUUUACUGGCCCAUUAACGCAUCACUUCCUGCUUGUUUCCCAUUAUCAAACCCUAUGCCCUUCUCUCACACCAAGCUGUGUGGAGGUACAAGCAUACACACAUACGUGUGGAGAGAUCCACAUCCUAAUUUUCCAUUUGUCCCAGAAAGUUCUGGGUUCCCCAUGGGACUAGUGCUAUCUCUUAUCCGUCUCCUUUGUUUUGCUUUUAAAAGGAAAUGGAAGUUUGGAUUUCAGCAAGCUUUUAAAACGGAAAGAGUCCUGUGCUUUGGUGAUAUGUAGGCCUGUGCUUUCGGCUGCAACGCUCUAAUACCAACUCGGACCGUAUCCACUACUCCUGUCAAUUUAUUUGUUGCUUACUAAUUCUUUUCCAAAUUAAAAUAUUUUCAAAAUA